AACCCUUAAAUUGACAUUGUAUGCCCCAACAUACAUCAACUUUGAAAAAAUAUAUUGUUAAAGGAAAUAAUAAUACGACAUGGAUUAAUGUUUUUACCAGCUUGCAAUAGUAACUAUUUUUGGUAGGAAAUAUAAAACAGAUACCUGGCAUCACUAAUUUUGACAUUAGUAGAAGAAAAUGGCGACCCGGCGGCCGGCUGUUGUUCUGUCCAAGCAAAAGCUUGAAACUCGUGGUGGUAGAAUUUUAGCGCUUGUUCCUGCUCAUAAUGCACCUUCUGACGAUAGCGAACCUUCCGAUAUUGAAGAUGAGAUACGUGUGCACGCUCCGCUUUCUAUGGCCAGUUCUUCUGCACCCUCAAUUGAAAGCUCCUUAGAAAGACUAAACCUUUUAAAUGAUGAACAAGAGCCCACUAACGACAAUGUUCGCCUUACACCCAUUUUCCAAACUGUUUAUUCCAGCCCAUCUCUAGAACCGAAUUGUAAUAAAGUACCAAUAUUGAGUGACAUCCCAUCAUUUCCCGCAACACCUGCGUCACCUGUAACUCCUGCUACUCCUUCUGCAACAGCUUCACUUCUUGCACGCUCUGCAUCUGUUGGUUUAGAAACACCACGAAGAAGAACAAGAUCACAACGUCCUAUAAUUAGUGUUGCUCAACGACCUAGACGAAUACAAAAGUUCACUCUGAGCUAUCGUUGGAAAAAAGCUGUGUUUCGUCAUUUGGCUUCUGUGGAAGAGGAAUCGGAUCCUAUCGGCGACGCCACUAUCCAAACCCCCCUGGAAUAUUUCUAUAAGUUUUUUUCUCCUGAUAUUUUGACACACAUUCUGGAACAAUCAAAUGCUUAUGCAGUAUCUAAAACUGGACGUACUCUAGGUUUAUCUGAAGACGAAUUGCGAGACUUUAUAGCUAUACAUAUCAUAAUGGGUGUUGUGAGCAUGCCAUCUUACACUGACUAUUGGAGUUUGCGAUAUAGGUACAAACUAGUGGCUAAUCUGAUGCCACUAAAACGCUAUCAACAGAUACGUCGCUAUUUACAUUUCGUUGACAACAAUAUCGAAGAUUCUGAUAGAUAUUAUAAAAUUAGGCCGUUGGUGCAAAAAAUAAGGGAAAAUUGUUUAGCUCAAGAAAAUGAGAGGAGGUUUAGUAUUGAUGAGAUGAUGAUCCCAUAUAAAGGGACAAAAGCGGGCAAGCGUCGUCAAUACAUGAAAGACAAACCAAAUAAGUGGGGGUUUAAAAACUAUGUACGCGCUGGAGUGUCUGGCAUGAUAUACGAUUUCAUCUUGUAUGGAGGAGAGGAUACAUUUAGAUUCCAUACUUUUAGCGAACAAGAAGCCUCUAUCGGAUUUGGAGCGCAAGUGGUGAUCGCUUUGUGCAAAACUAUAAAAUCUAAACCUGCUUUUGUAUUCUGUGAUAACUUUUUUAGCUGCCCAGAGUUAUUUUACAUACUUAGAGAAGAGUAUGGGAUCUUUGGACUGGGAACCAUCAGAAACAACAGGUUACGAGGUGCAGAAGCUAGUCUGCCUUCAGAAAAAGAAAUGAAGAAGAAACCCCGGGGUAGUCAUGCUCAAGCCAUAUGCAACAAAAACCGCCUGGCCGUAGUACGUUGGCAUGAUAACAAAGCAGUGACAUUGAUAAGUUCCUAUGUAGGCGUUGAACCAGUAGCUACAAUAAAAAGGUACUGCAAGGACUCUAAAACUAAAGUUGACGUUCAAUGUCCGCAAAUAGUGAAGGAGUACAACAAGCAUAUGGGAGGGGUUGACUUGGCCGAUAUGCUUAUAUCCUUAUAUAGAACCCCCUUCAAGACAAGGAGGUGGUAUAUUGGCAUAUUUGCCCAACUCCUGGAUAUAUGCAUAAAUAACGCAUGGCUUCUCCACAGAAAGGAUUCAAAGUCAAAAUCUAUGCCUCUGAAGGACUUUAGAUUCGAGCUGUACGAGGGUCUAACAAAAUACCAACGUUCCGAAAAUGGUACCAAAGGCACAAAAAAACGAGCACCACAAGCUGCUCCUGCGGAAACGUCACGGUAUGAUAACGUUGGUCAUUUUAUGACCAUGACCACCCAAGGACGAUGUCGACUGUGCUCCAAAUUAACUGUAGUACAAUGCCUGAAGUGCCAAGUCCGACUGUGUUUUGUUACCGGUAAAAAUUCUCGCAACUGUCAACUACAAUACCACAUACCAAAGUAAUUUUUGCUCAUUUAAAUUUAUUUUUGCAUUAAUAAACAUUUAUUUUUAUAAUAAUGGUGUUUUUGUUUCAAAUACUUAAUAAGUCCAGUAAUUGGUAAUGUAUGUCCCUACAUACUACACUUUUACAGUAUGCAGUCUUGAGAAGUUGGCAGUGUAUGUCGUGGCAUACAUGAGUUUUCAGGAAAAGCGAGCUUUUCAGAUUUUUUCUGAAAUUUUUCUUUAACAGUUUUAGAUGUGUUUAUUAACUUUUUAUUAAAAAAAUACUGUUUUUAUCAAUUUUUUUUCUAUGCCAAAUUAAG